AUGAAGGCGAAGUUUCUCGUGAAUGAAGGCGUAAAGUCAUCUGAAAUUCACAGAAGACUUCAGGCCCAGUAUGGCCAAGAUACACUUAGCCGCAGCAAAGCGUUUGAGUGGUGCAAUCGGUUCCGAGACGGCCGUACAUCAGUGCAGGGCGAUCCAGGCCGGGACGGCUCAGAGCCCAGUCUCAGAGUUCCUGAGAACAUUCUACUUGUGGAGCGCCUGAUCCUCAAAGACCGACGGAUAACAUGUCUCCAACUGACUCGAAAGAUGGACCUAUCUGUGGGAACGUUGAACACUACCAUUCAUGAACACCUCCAGUCUCGGAAAGUUAGUGCCCGUUGGGUCCCGAGGCAGCUGUUUGUGUUUGACUGGCAGAGAAGACUGGAAAUCUCCCAAGAGCUAAGGUACCGUUUCGACACUGAAGGACAGCCGUUCCUUGAUCGGAUCAUCACGAGCGAUGAAAAGUGA